UCUUGUUCCUCUCCCCCCGCAGCCCCCGAGAGAGAUUUUAUUUCGGGUACACCAGCUAUGAAACAUCGACGAGUGUAGCGGACAGGACUUUUAUACUCGGCCAUCGCAUCAUCGUCAAGACUUGAGAGAGAAGAGAGAGAGAGAGAGGGGGCCGUGGAAAAACCAAAACACGGGACUCUUGUGAAGGGGGGGGGCUUUUUGAAAGCAUGGAAUAUUUCAUGAUGCAGACGGAGAAGAUGCCGUCCUUACAGCAGUACAAGAAGUCGGAGAAAGACGUGAUCGGAGGUCUCUGCAGCCUGGCCAACAUCCCCCUCAGCCCGGAGACGGCCCAGGAUCAGGAGAGGCGCAUCCGCCGGGAGAUCGCCAACAGCAACGAGCGCCGACGCAUGCAAAGCAUCAACGCAGGAUUCCAGUCGCUCAAAACACUCUUGCCUCACACAGAUGGAGAAAAACUCAGCAAGGCGGCCAUCUUGCAACAGACGGCGGACUACAUCUUUACCUUGGAGCAGGAGAAGACCCAACUCCUACAGCAGAACAACCAACUCAAACGCUUCAUCCAGGAGUUCAGUGGUUCGUCACCUAAGAGGAGGCGAGCAGAAGAGAAGGAUGAAGGAAUUGGCUCUCCAGACACUCUGGAGGAGGAGAAGGGAGAGGAGCUGAGGAGGGAGAUGCUGGAGCUCCGACAGCAGCUGGAGAAGGAGCGCUCAGCCCGGAUGCUGCUGGAGGAGAAGGUCCGCUCUUUAGAUAGCCACCUGCAUCCAGAGCGUCUGAAGGUGAUCACUCAGCAGUUGGAGGAGGAGCAGGCCCAACUCCAGAGCCAGACUCUGUUACGGCUGCAGCAGAUUCAUGGGCAGCCCGCCGACAGGCACACACAGAGCCCACAGGUGUUGGAUACCAUCACCCCCCCAGCCCCGACCCACCACCCUACGGUCAUUGUCCCGGCCCCGACGCUAAUGCAGCACCCCCAUCAUCACAUCACGGUGGUUACCAUGAGCCCGGGGGUCCAGACCAGCGCCGUGUCAACGUCGAGGCAGAACCUCGACACCAUCGUUCAGGCCAUCCAGCAUAUCGAACGCACUCAGGAGAGGAGGACCAGUGCGGAGGAGGAGCAGAGACGAGCCGUCAUCGUGAGCCCUGCCCACGUCGCCAUGGAUACGGCCUGCUCAGACACAGACACCGACACGGAGGGAGAGGAUUGCUCCAUGAACUGA